AUGAGUGACCAAAGAGUAACCUAUGCAGAACUAAAUCUGGUAAAGGACUCAAAGAGACAGCAAAUGAAACCAAAGGGCACUAAAGGCUCCAUUCCAGUAACUGAGCAGGAAAUAACUUAUGCAGAAUUAAAUCUUCAAUACACGUCUCAGGAUCUUCAAGGGAAUGACAAAAAUGACCACUGCAAAGCAUCCCCGUCACCUCCAGAGAAGCUCAUUGCUGGGAUCCUAGGGGUCGUCUGCCUUGUCCUGAUGUCCACUGUGGGAACAAUAGCUGGUAUUUCCUCUACUAUGAUACCAAAGCAGAACAGUUAUUCCAUGGCACCAAAGAUCCAGAAAGCAUAUCCUUGUAGUCCUUGUCCACCAGAGUGGUUUACAUAUUCCAACAAUUGCUACUACAUUAGUACUGAAAAGAAAACAUGGAAUGAUAGUUUGAAGGCCUGUGCUUCUAAGAACUCUAGCCUGCUCUACAUAGAUGAUGAAGAAGAAAAGGAAUUUCUGAGUCCCAUAUCACUUGCAUCAUGGAUUGGAGUUUUUCAUAGAAGCUAUGGUCAUCCAUGGAUAUCAAUAAAUGGUUUAACUCCUACAUUAGAGAUCGCAGUACCAUCAUCUGGUAUCAGUAACUGUGUUAUGCUACACAGAUAUGGCCUUACAUCAAGAAGUUGUGAAUCUUCAAAAAUAUAUAUUUGCACACAUAAGUUUUAG